CACGCUUCCGCUGCGCCACUCUGAUUUGUUGAGAUGCUUCUGUAAUAAAAGCUACUAAACAAAAUUCCACAAACUUGCAAUGUUAGUCGGGUUCACAAAUUCGCUUUGCCGUCCAGAGAAGUAUUAGGUAAAAAGGACAGCGGCGGGAGAACGGAGAAGAAAAGGAAGGAAUGGAUUACAGUCUAGCGGCGCUGAAGCUUCUGUGCGUCCAACUGAAAGAUGCUCGCCAAACCUCUACUCAGAACGCCUUGACUCUCGGCGGCAUUCUCUUCCAGCGCGCCUGGCUACAGGGAAUCAUUGUGUCCAACGACGGCGACGGCCGUCUGCUUCUCGACGACGGAACCGGCGUCAUCGAGCUCUCCCUCGCCGGCGAGUUCCGCCAACGCAAGUUUGACGUCGGGAUGUAUGUAAUGGUGGUGGGAGGGUAUUUCAUCCGUACAGGCGAGACCGCCAUGAUCAAGGUACAUAAGAUCGUCGAUCUCUCGCCAUUUCCAGACAGGGAAGCCAUGUGGUAUCUGGAAGUCCUGGAGGCCUACAAGCUGUUCUACCAGCCGCUCAUCGAGGACUUCCUCUGAGUUUCUGAUGCAAUUGACCUUACAUUGUUCUCAAUGUCA